AACGUUUUAAAGAUGGUAAUUUUUAAAACAAAAUCGGACUUAAAAGGAAAACGAAAAAUUGAAGGAAAAGAUGCAAACCGACACGGCGCCAUCAAUGGAAAGUUGGAAAACUCCCAAUGUUUCGGUGAUUUCGAAUAAAUUUAAAACCGAUGCCCAAUUCAAAAGAAAAUUCAAAAGCCGUUUUGAUCCCUCCGGAAUCCGAAGCUUGAAUUUUGACAGGGUUUAAUGAAUAGCUGCCUACGAAUCAAAUUUUCGAUAUUGGGUGUCUUAAGAAUUUAAAUAUGGGACCUGACUUAAAGCUGACUGAGAAAUCCGAAGCCACAUCGAAGGUGGUUUCCACUGAAAAGAAAAAAGGAAGUGUAGCUCAAAAUCAAGAUGAGGGGAUGCAAGGAAAAAUGGAUAUAAAGGUUGAUUUUGCUGAAUGCAUGAAUUCUGGAGAGUCUGAGAUGAUUGAUGUUGAAUGCCACGAUGCCACUGAGUAUUCGAGUUCUUUUGGUGACACGGUAUCUGGGGAUGAGAAUGGUUUGGUAGGCAAUGAUGAAGUUGAAUCACCGCUGCGGAAACCAAGGUUGGUUGGAUCAUUAUUUGAUGGAUGUCAUGGACUGUGUCAGAUGAGGAAGAGAAGGUUAACGGAUCACUGGAGGAGGUUUAUACGUCCUCUUGCGUGGCGCUGCAAAUGGUUAGAAGUUAAACUUCAAGAAUUUAGGUCUCAAGCACUCAAGUAUGAGGGAGAGCUUGCAGAGUAUGAUCAAAACGAGCAGUUUGAAUUUGAAAAGGUUACCUUUAAAGGCUUUGAUGCAAAGUUGCGAGUGUUUCCUUCAAAAAUUCAAAGAAAGGAAGAAAUGAAGAGGAAGAAAAGGAAAAAAAUAGAAGAUACAGCUGAUGUAGCAUCAUAUAUGUCACAUCAUAAUAUAUUCUCCUAUUAUGAAAGUAAGAGGUCUGUUGCUGCUGCUAAUGAUGAUUGGGGUGAUUUAGACAACAAAGCAAUCAAUGGCUAUGAUGACAUUGGAUGUAAUGAUGGAUGGCCAUUUCAAUCUAGAGAUGGUGAUAAUUUGACAGAACAGAUCCUUCCGAAGAUUGAAGUGCUAAGAUCAAGAAUUCACUUACUAAAGACACGAAUGGACAAGGUCGUGAGUGAAAGUCUUCAAAAGUUUUCUCCCAACAUGUUGAGUUCGCCUGUACCAUCUGAUGUAUUGAAUAAUUCUGGAAAUCAUCCUUAUACUGAAAAAGGAGAUAGAAAUAGUUCACAAUGUACUACAUCCCAGCAUGCAUCUGGGUGUGAAAUGCGGGAUAGUUUUAUGCCUGAAAGUGCAGUUUCAAGUCUUGCAGAGGUAGCCUCUCUUCCCGAUAUGAUCAGGAGCAUGAGUCAGCGUCUGCUUGAGUUUUCCUCUGAAAAUAUUGAGGGAGAAAUUCUAAUACCUAACCAGGCAGCCAAGGAGGAGUUGCGUAAUUUUGAAGUGAUAUAAUUCAGCAGGUGGAGAAGCCUCACAUAUCGAUGGAGAAGCUGAAAACUGUUUUUCUUGUUCAUGCUCCUGGAGACAAUUUGCCCAUUAACACCUCUCUUCAACCGAAUGCACAGCCACCUUUUUCCAAGUCAAAGCAAGCUGAUAAGAAAAGGUCUGGAGGGGAGCAAAAAUCAGGCUUAGGUAGGUGGUGCCAGAGAUCCUCAGGUUAACUGGAUUCUGUCUGUUGAAUUUUGCUUCUAUUCAUGUUCAGAGAGAUGAAAUUUCGUUGAAAAAGGGAGUUCAACCUUUUCAUCUUUGAUUAUGAUAUGUACAUGCCAAGUGUGUAUUCUACUUUCCUCUGCUUUCGCUUCCUGCUGCAACUUAUUCCCUGGUCAUGCUAUUUUUCACCCUAUCUGGACCAUACAUGUUCAGUUCGGAUAGGUCUUAUGCCGUAUCUAGAUCAGUACAAUUUUUUUUCUUUUUUAAGAGAGAGAUUGACUUCCUUGGAAGGGGACGGCUGACCACUAGGCUAAAGGCCUAUUUGAUUGACAUUAGCUGUGGUCUGAUCCCAACCUACAUUUUGUUAAUGGUUAUAAAUCGAUCCUUCUAUAGAUUAUAGUCAUUAGCUGUCUCUUACUUUAAACCCACGAUUUGAAAACUCCGUUGUGGAGGAAGAAGAAACUCGUCUAAUGUUUGUUAUGUUUUUAUUUAACACAGUUUGGUAAGAAUGAAAGAAAGACGCAAGGAAGAAAAAUAAUUUGGUUUAAUGGAUAAACUACGUAGUAACAUGUAUUAUUUGGG